AUGGACGACUCGCCAACUGAAGUGCGCACAGACGGGAACUCUCUGCUGAAGGCCGUGUACCUGAGCCGUCUGAGGCUUACACGACUCCUGCUCGAGGGCGGGGCCUACAUCAACGAGAGCAAUGAGCGAGGCGAGACUCCACUCAUGGUGGCCUGCAGAACCCAUCACUCUGAUGCACAAAGUGUGCCCAAAGCCAAGAUGGUGAAAUACCUGCUUGAGAGUAACGCAGACCCAAACAUUCAGGACAAGAGUGGAAAGACAGCUCUGAUGCACGCUUGCAUGGAGCGGGCAGGCAUGGAGGUGUUGUCCUUGCUGCUGUCCAGCGGAGCCGACCCCAGCCUGGAGGACCACUCUGGCUCGUCCGCCCUGGUCUACGCUGUGAACUCUGGGGACAAGGACGCCCUGAGGGUGCUGCUGGACGCCUGCAAAGCCAAGGGCAAGGAAGUCAUCAUCAUCACCACAGACAAGCUGCCGUCUGGCCGACAAAUGACCAAACAGUACCUGAACGUCCCGCCACCACCGGACCUAGAAGACCGCUUGCACUGCACCCCUGCCUCAUGCAUGUCACCGUCUGAAAUUCAGCUCUGCACUCCACCUCACCCCUUGUGCACUGCCCUGCCUGAGUGUCAGCGACUUGGACAGAGGGACUCUCAGGGCCUGAUCUCCGCUGCUAGCGCGGGCAUGUCUCAGCCCGGCUCACCGACGCACACCCACACCGCAAGCACCAUGCAAGCCCCGGGAGUGGCCAAACUCCUGCACCUCCAGAGGCUUCACUCAGAGCCGUGGCUGAAGAUCCCUCCGUCUCUGCUGCUCCAGCAGAGCAAAGGUGCUUCCCUGACCGAGGAGCUCCAGGACAUCACGCCCGAGGAGGAGCUGACCUUUCAAAUGAACGGCCUCCCUUACUCCAGGAGAACUCUGGCCACCUCCCGCCAUCAGAGCAUCGACGUGAAGGACGGCAGCGGUCUGCUGCGGGCCCUGGAGCACGGCAACAGGAGCGAUAAGGACCAGGGUGGUGGAGCCAGGGCCCUGCUGAGUAGGAAGAUGUCCUACGACAGCGCGUCGUCUCUCCAACAUUUCUCAUCGCACCACAACCUCGGUCGGGAAGGGGGCGCAGCGGAAGCCGUUCCCGUGGACAGAGACGUCCCGGACUGCCUCCCCAACCUCGCCGUGUCCAGCUUGAGAAAUGUUGUUCGCCGGCGGAACAUCGGGAUGGAGCACUACAGCUCCGACUCCCAGCUGCCCCAGUUCAGCAGCCAGACCUCUGAGGAGCGGGCGGGGUCAGCAGUGUCGGCGUCCGAGAAGCGCAAGCUUGUCCCUAGCCGCUCGUCCACCCUGUCGGGGUCCAGGGAGUCGUUGGAGGGCCUUCCCCAGAGGAGAGCUGCGGCCGGCGGGAUGCUGGAGCGCAGGGGCUCCGGGGCACUUCUGCUGGACCACAUCGCCCAAACGCGGCCCGGGUACCUGCCCCCGCUCAACCCACACGCACCCAUCCCCGACAUCAAGGUCAACUCUGCCACGGCCGCUCUCUCUGGCGGACCCGUGAGCGGAUGCAAACUUGCGGCCACUGGGGUUCCGAUCGCCCCCCCUGGAGCUGCACCGGCACCCAAACCAUUCCUGCCCUUUGCCCCGAAUCUACCCCGAGAUGCGAAGGCCAAGAAGACCCUGCUGAGACGCCACUCCAUGCAGACAGAGCAGAUCAAGCAGCUGGUAAACUUUGAAGAGAUCUUUGGCCAGUGAGAUAAACUAUAUAUAAACUAUGGAAAAUAACCACUAUGUCCUCUUGCACAGAUGUGA